GUAGUUACUAUGGAGUUGACGCUGAGUAAGCCUGAGGUAGUGGGACGCGGAGGCUGGAGGGAAAACAACUGCGGCUUGGACAGAUGAAGAAGGCACUGGGAUCUGACUGGUCAUGAGGCAGAACAGCAGCUGGAAAAGGCUGACUCCAAAAACACAGCCACUGAAGUGAGCAAAGCAAUCCAGAUCUGCCCAGCAGCAGCCAGGGGGUAUUUCCAUUUUAACAGGGAAUGAUCACUGAACCCAAAGGAAUGAAUCCCUAAUGGUGGAGUUUCAGGCAUUGGUAACAGGCUGAACCCGGACUCCCAGGGCCAAUGCUUACAUCUGACAAAUGAUGGCCUGAGCUAUGAGCAAACAGAACUAUAUGAACACUUCGGUGCCAGAGCCCCCUCUUGACUACUCCUUCCGAAGCAUCCACGUGAUCCAAGAUCUGACAAGCGAGGAGCCACGGUCAGGACUACGACCACUAAGGCACUCAAAGUCAGGGAAGUCACUGACCCAGUCCCUGUGGCUGAACAACAAUGUCCUCAAUGACCUGAGAGACUUCAACCAUGUGGUUUCACUGCUUCUGGAGCAUCCAGAGAACCUGGCCUGGAUCGACCUGUCCUUCAACGACCUGACUUCCAUUGAUCCUGUUCUGACAACUUUCUUCAACCUCAGUGUACUCUAUCUCCAUGGCAACAGCAUCCAGCGGCUGGGAGAGGUCAACAAGCUGGCUGUCCUCCCGAGGCUCCGGAGCCUGACACUCCAUGGGAACCCCAUAGAGGAAGAGAAGGGGUAUAGUUCAGGUAUCUUGGGGUUAGAGCUGCUUCACAGAGUGCCAAGUUUUUUGGAGAUGCCUCAGAGAAGAUGGUAGGCUGUGAUCUCUGAACCCCUCCCCCACUUCAAUCAGAUCUGAGUACUUCUAACUCUGUUUUAUAUGUGGGCAUUCUGCCUAAGAUUUCAUUUGAUAAAAAGAAUCUUCUGCUUGGAAACAGUGGCUUGCUGGCUCUGUAUCAAGUAUCCUUUCUCUGCCUUUACCCUCUAACCCUGGGCUUAUUGGUAAUUCCACUGAACCUGAGACAGAGCCCCCAACGGUGACAACUGCCUCAGAUUCAGGUUUUUUCAGCUCUGAUAGUAGUCCCAUCACCAGAGAAGGGACAGGCAGUCUUAUCCAACCUGAGGUCAGCCCAGGCCAAGUUCCAGCUAAAACCUGGGAACCCUGUACCCUUAUCUCCUGGAUUCCUCUUUGUGCCCCUACAAGACGUAGCCCCCCCCUCCCC